AUGUUGGGUAUACAAUCUCUAGUUCUCUUCCUGGCUGCAUUUUCCUCCCUCGUCUUGGCUUGGGAUAUCAGCAAUGAAAAUGAUCGUCACGGCUGUCAAUUGUAUUCCAGAAACCCUCUCGAAGGUUGUGAUCGAGACAGGACUCUUUUUGUGGAUGCUGUAGGUGGCAAUUCUGAAUUCACCACUGUGCAAUCAGCCGUUGCUUCUUUACCAAAUAAUACUGAUACCUAUAUCAUUCUCGUUGCUUCUGGAAACUAUACGGAGCAGGUUAAUGUCACUCGACGUGGCCCGACCUAUCUCUUAGGCCAAACAAGACAUCCACGAAACCAAGCCUAUAAUACAGUCAACAUCAUAUGGUCCGCGAUUGCCGUCCCAGGUUUAGACAACGCCUUUACCAGUACCCUUACCGUGGCACCAAAUUUAAACGCCUCAUUGACGGGUAGCGGGCCUACGGGCUUUGCGGUCCCAGACGGGACGCCGUUUGGGUGUGUAGAUUUCAGGACUUACAAUCUCAAUUUCAUCAAUGACUUUGCCCCUUACUCUGAUGAUCCGUCUCUCGCCCUGAGUAUCAGUUAUGCAAAUGGGGGCUUCUAUUACACCGGCUUCUACAGUUACCAAGAUACGAUCUACGUAGGCAAGCUUGGAAAUGCAUACUUCAAGAAUGGCGAGGUAGCCGGCGAGACAGACUUCUUCUACGGGUUCGGAACCGCAUGGGUGGAGCAGACAUCCAUCGCGCUCCGAAACUGCGGCGGCGGCAUCACCGCAUGGAAAGGCACUAACACGACGUUCCCGAACAAGUACGGCGUUUACAUCGUGAAUUCCAAUGUCCAUGCCGCAAAUACUUCGAUCGCGAGCGUUAUCAAGGGGAAGUGCGCUUUGGGAAGACCCUGGAACUCACAGAUGCGUUCCAUCUUUGCACGCACCUAUCUGGACGCCUCGAUCCGCCCGACUGGCUUCAUCGAUUGGGAUCCCGCGCGCUACGAUAAUUCCACCAUGCAGGCCGAGUACAGAAAUUAUGGACCUGGCUACAAUGCUACGGGCAGAGCUAUGGCAGAGUUCGAUGUCCAGCUGACGGAGGCGCAGUAUGUGCCCUACAGCACACCGGCCCGGGUCUUUCAAACACCUGAUGGGAGGUUCGGAAAUACUGACUGGAUUGACUUUGACGUCUGA